AUGCUGCGCACCCCCAACUGCUCGCGGUGCCGCAACCAUGGCUACCUGGUGGCCGUCAAGGGCCAUGCGGGCAAGUGCCGCUGGAAGCAGUGCAAUUGCGAGAAGUGCUACCUCAUCACCGAACGCCAGAAGAUCAUGGCCGCGCAGAAGAUGCUCAAGAAGCAGGCCUCCGACGAGGACCGCGAGCUGGCCUCCAGGGCCGCGGCCAUCGCCCCGGCCUCCAGCCUCCGCCCGCUGCCUCCGCUCUCCGCUUCGGGAGACUUGGAGCCGGGCCCCGAGGGCCGCGCGGCCGCCUACUUGCUGGAGAGACCCCCGCGCGGCCCGAGCCCGGGCCCGAGCGCCUUCCAGCCAGUCGUGGGCGGCCGCGGCCACAUGGGCCCGAAUGACCGGGCUGCCGUGGCCAGGCCCAGCUUCGUGAGGCCCCCGCUCCGGGCGGAGGCCGCUGGCCAGGGAGGUCCCGGGCCCCUGGAGCCGAGCAGGCCUCCGCAGCCCAUGCCCAGGCCGCCGCCGCCGUUCGCCUACGGGCUCUCUCUGAGCAUCAACUCAGAUCCUAUGGUGCGGUCUGAGUACCUGGAGAGAGAGCCUUCCAAGCUGUAUCCCAGCUACACCGGCAUGUACUAUCGCCCGUUCCCGAUGGGCUACCAGGAUCCCUCCCCGGGCCUGGGCAUCUCCCUGCAGCAGGGCUUCCGGCACGUGUCCUUCAGCCACUACCAUGGAGGAGGCUCGGUGCCGGAGCCAGUGGAAAACUUCCAGCCAAGCUAUCCCCCACCGCCUCCGCCUCCGCCACCGCCACCACCACCAUCACCAUCACCAUCACCACUGCUGCCGCAGCCGCCACCCCUGCUGCCGCCAUCCGUGUCACCACCGCCCCCGUUCCUCCCACCAGGCUUCCUUGCUGGGAUCCAUUUCCUGCCACCGCCGCCACCGCCACCGCCACCAGCAUCUUUCUCACUGACCGUCCUGUCUGAUGCGGACCAGGAGACCGCGGAUGACCAGGUUGCAGGGAUGCCUCGUGAGCCCAGCCAGCCAUCGUCUCAGGAGCAGUCCGACUAG